GGGCGGUCGUGAGCGGCGGCGGCGGCGGAGACGGCCCAUGGCGGCCGGGAGGCGCGCUCGGGGACCCGCGGGCCGCUAGGGCGCGACGCGGGGCGGCAUGUCGGAGCACGCGGCGCCCGGGGCCCCGGCGCCCGGGCCCAACGGCGGCGGCGGCCCGGCCCCCGCGCGCGGGCCGCGCACCCCCAACCUGAACCCCAACCCGCUCAUCAACGUGCGCGACCGGCUCUUCCACGCGCUCUUCUUCAAGAUGGCUGUCACCUACUCGCGGCUCUUCCCGCCCGCCUUCCGCCGCCUCUUCGAGUUCUUCGUGUUGCUCAAGGCGCUGUUCGUGCUCUUCGUGCUGGCCUACAUCCACAUCGUCUUCUCGCGCUCGCCCAUCAACUGCCUGGAGCACGUGCGGGACCGCUGGCCGCGGGAGGGCAUCCUGCGCGUGGAGGUGCAGCCCAACUCCAGCCGCGCGCCCGUGCUGCUGCAGUUCUGCGACGGUGGUGGCGCGGCCUCGGAGCCCGAGGACGAGGAGGAGGAGCUGAGCAUGGAGAUGUUCGCCAACAGCUCCGUCAGGUUUGAGCUGGACAUCGAGCCCAAGGUGUUGAAGCCGCCGGGCGGCGCUGAGGCCGUGAACGACAGCCAGGAGUUCCCCUUCCCGGAGACGCCCUCUAAAGCGUGGCCGCAGGACGAGUACAUCGUGGAGUACUCCCUGGAGUACGGCUUCCUGCGGCUCUCACAGGCCACGCGGCAGCGGCUCAGCAUCCCCGUGAUGGUGGUCACGCUGGACCCCACGCGGGACCAGUGCUUCGGGGACCGCUUCAGCCGUCUGCUGCUGGCCGAGUUCCUGGGCUACGACGACAUUCUCAUGUCCAGUGUGAAGGGCCUGGCCGAGAACGAGGAAAACAAGGGCUUCCUGCGGAACGUGGUGUCGGGCGAACACUACCGCUUCGUGAGCAUGUGGAUGGCCCGCACGUCCUACCUGGCCGCCUUCGUCAUCAUGGUCAUCUUCACCCUGAGCGUGUCCAUGCUGCUGCGCUACUCCCACCACCAGAUCUUCGUCUUCAUUGUGGACCUGCUGCAGAUGCUGGAGAUGAACAUGGCCAUCGCCUUCCCCGCUGCGCCGCUGCUGACUGUCAUCCUGGCCCUCGUGGGCAUGGAGGCCAUCAUGUCCGAGUUCUUCAACGACACCACCACGGCCUUCUACAUCAUCCUCAUCGUGUGGCUGGCUGACCAGUACGACGCCAUCUGCUGCCACACCAGCACCAGCAAGCGGCACUGGCUGCGGUUCUUCUACCUGUACCACUUCGCCUUCUACGCCUACCACUACCGCUUCAACGGCCAGUACAGCAGCCUGGCGCUCGUCACCUCCUGGCUCUUCAUCCAGCAUUCCAUGAUCUACUUCUUCCACCACUACGAGCUGCCCGCCAUCCUGCAGCAGAUCCGCAUCCAGGAGCUGCUGCUGCAGGCGCCCCCGCUGGGCCCCGGCGCCCCCGCCGCGCUGCCCGACGACCUGAACAACAACGCGGGCGCCGCGGCCGCCCCCGACCCUGCCGGCCAGCCCGCCGCCCUGCGCCCUGGCGCCGCGGGGGGCGGCGGGGGCCCUGGGCCUGUGGCCGAGGCGCCCAGCUCCCUGGUGGCGGCGGCAGCCUCCGUGGCCGCGGCGGCCAGCGGCGAGCUGGGCUGGAUGGCGGAGACGGCCGCCAUCAUCACGGACGCCUCCUUCCUGUCCGGCCUGAGCGCCUCCCUCUUGGAGCGGCGGACUGCCGGCCCCCUGAGCCCCGGCGGGGGGCUACCCCGGGCCCCCCAGGACAGUGCUCCUCCGGGCGACUCCCCAGCGCCUGAUGCGGCGCCCCCGGCCGCGGCGGGGAGUGGGCCCAGCGCUGAGACUGUGGCCCCAGCGGACGCGCCCUCGGAGGUCGUUUCCUGAGCUCUGGGCAGCGGACCGCGUCUGUCUCUGGCCACCCCGCCUGGCCAGCGUGACCUGGCUGGAGCCCUGGGGGUCGGGGAGGUUGUCCCGGGUGGCCCUGGGACUGCCCAGCCUGCCAUGGGUGGUGUCGGGUCCAUCACGUUUGCCGGAGGCGGGCUUCUCCCCGGGUGUGGGCUGCCCGGGGCCUGUCCCUGCUGUUUGUGGGGGCCCCAUCCGUGAGAAGAGGCAGGCCGGUGACCUGGGUAGGAUGGGGGCUCCACGUAAGGUUCUGGAAGGGGGUGGUGGAAGGUCUGGAGCGAGCUGUCCCCGGGGCAGAGCAGGGUGAACAGGGAGGGGCCCGCGCUGUUCCCGCCCCUCGGCUGGUGCUCCGUCGUGCGCAGUGCCUUUUCCGCAGCCCCCGCUCCGGGGCUGCGCCGGGCCGGGCCGGGGUGGAGCCGGGUCCAGCCCGCCCGGGGAGGGGCCGCGGCCGCAUCUGUCGCUCGCGAGGAAGGCGGAAGGACGCUCAUUCCAUUCUAUUUAAUUGCAGUGGACACAGUGGUGUUUGUACAUAGAAUAAACUGCUGAUAGCGCCCCCG